UCUCCCCCCUUGCCGACUUCCCACCCUCCCCAACGUCUCGGCCGCUCGCUCCACUCGUGCCCCCCGCCGACCUGCCGACCCGAAGGAUCCUCGACUUCGGCAACUACCGCUGUGUUCCUGGCCUCCCGUCGACAGUCAUGACGAGGGCCGACACGUCGUCCCACGAUCUGUUCACACAGAACUUGCCUCUCAGGGGACCUCUGCCCAGGACGGUCGUGGAUGAAGGGGACCUGUUACGGUUCCGUGUGGUGGGUGGGGACGUCUUCCCACUCAAGGGCUUACUUCCCACCAUCAUACGCUUUUCACUGCCAACCAAUUGCCAAACUGCGAACCCGCAACGGUUACGCGUACGACUCCCCGGUUUCCGCUGCUCUCACGUCCCUCCUCAUGGACAAUGUCGAAACUUCUCCCGCUCCGACUGCCGUCCGGCGGCACAACUACGGCGGGUUACGAACGUGUUGGGAACAUGGGAAGCAAAUUCGCCAUUGUCGCUUAAUUUCGACGGUAUCAACGAUCGCAACACCUCUGCUGGUCACCGUCUUGUUUGCCAAGGCCACACGGAGGGCAAUUUGCGAGUGGCCCUGGUGGGGGUCAACAGUUUUCUCGGCGUGCAGACGGGGGGAGGAGAUGAUGUACCGACCUCACGCGCCAAGCUGAUCUGCAAGCAAUGGAUUCCGGUUUUGAAGCGGAAGCCUUACGAAACACGCUAUCAUCGAAUGCAUCCGACGCGCAUCCGACGCGCAUCCAUAUCCUACCUGAUCAUUUGCCCGAGUCCGUGAACG